CUUGCGCCUGCUCCGGCGUCGUCUCGGGCGGGCUUGCUUGGCGAUGCUGCUCCGGCCGCCGCCCUCUCCGCUGGCCGGGGCGCUGGCGCCAGGCGGCUCCCCCGGCCCCGGCGCGCGAGCGGCGGGGCCGGAGCUGCCAAACGAGGCCGGCCUGGGAGAGCAGCGGGACGAGGAGGCGGAACGAGGCCGCGGCGGGGCCAUGGCCGAAGAAGGCGCCUCACGCUGGCCGGCUGGGACCGACCACGGGCAGGACGGGGCGUCGUCCGAGGCGGAGGCCGCUGCGUCAGCCGCGCGGGAGGAGUGCGCCGGUCCCCGCUGGGGGGCUCAGCACGCCGGCGCUCGGGAGCUGGCCGAGCUCUACUCGCCCGGGAAACGGUUGCAAGAAUGGAUCAGUGUCGUCUUAUGUUUUUCUCUGAUGACUUUCAACUUCUACAAUCUCAUCUUCUGCGUGAGAUGGGAGCAUGUCUUCUCUGUUAUUGUGGGGAUAUUUGCAGGAGUCAUUACUGCGGACUUUGUCUCGGGUCUCGUGCACUGGGGAGCAGACACUUGGGGAUCUGUGGAGCUGCCAAUAGUUGGAAAGGCUUUUAUCAGACCCUUUAGAGAACAUCACAUUGACCCAACAGCAAUUACCAGACAUGACUUCAUAGAGACCAAUGGUGAUAACUGCAUGUUGACCGUAGCUCCACUAGCAAACAUGGCGUACAAAUUGGUUUCUUUAUCGCCAGAAGCUUUACACCAAGCGUGCCCAUGGGAAUGUUAUGUCUUUGCCCUGGCUAUAUUUGUAACCUUGACGAACCAGAUUCACAAGUGGUCUCACACCUAUUUUGGUCUUCCGUGCUGGGUCGUCUUUCUACAGGACUGGCACAUCAUCCUGCCACGGAAACACCACAGAAUCCACCACGUGUCUCCUCAUGAAACCUAUUUCUGUAUUACUACAGGCUGGCUCAACUAUCCAUUAGAAAAAAUCAGAUUUUGGAGGUUCCUGGAGAAUAUCAUUCAAAGACUGACAGGAGAAAAACCUAGAGCAGACGACAUGAAAUGGGCUCAGAAAAUUAAAUAACGCUUUGACAGGCUUCUGCAGUCCACAUAUUUGUUGCCAAUAUUUUUAAAAGAAAAAGCCAUCAGCCAAAUUAAAGACUUGCAAAGAAAUAAUGGACUAAAGCACAAUGCUUUUUUUAAAAACAAGUGCUAACAGACUGCAGUUAAAGGACUCAUUCUUCAAAACAAUACUUGAAACGCAGAAUGGUUUUUCCAUUUGCACCGAGCACCUUCUGUUAGCCGCAUCUACUGAUGUCAAAUACUUUCAUCCUUGAAUCUCAAAAGCCAUUAGUUGGAGAAGAGAGUCUACCACUUCUAGUAAGAUAAUGUUGUUGGCACCGUAAAAAAAAAAAAAAAAAAGUGUUGUAUCAACAUGAAUUACCACUUCAAAAGUAGUUUAAGACGGUGUGGAAUAACAAGGAGAGCAAACAAGCACUUGCAUCGUCGUCGAGGGAGCAGAUCCAGACCUACUGCAUGAAAUCCAGUGGGCAAAAAAGAGGGAGUCUGAAACGGUCACCAUUUAGUGCUCGGUACAUGAACCAGUUGCUUCAUCUUGCUGUCAUAUCCCAUCUUAGUCUGUGGUGUGCAGCAGAACAUUUGAGAGUCUCACUCUGCUAUUCGAUUAAGGAUCCUUUAAUGUUGUCUUUCUCAUGAAAUAAACAAGUGUUCUACUUCUUUUCCCUUG